AUGCUGACUGUACUCUCAAACUCUNNAGGUACUUAUGCUCCGGUCAAGAACAACUACAGGUGGAAUAACCUUACCAACACUAUCUGGGUCGAACAACCUGCCGGCACUGGAUUCAGCUCAAAGGGUAGCACGCCCUCUGCGACCAACGAGGAGGAGGUCGCAGAACAAUUCGCUGGCUUCUGGAAGAACUUUAUCGAGACUUUUGGUCUGCAGCACAAGAAAGUCUACGUUACUGGUGAAAGUUAUGCUGGCUUCUAUGUUCCCUGUGAGUCCACAUGUGGUAAAGCAUAA